AUGGUCGUCUGCAAAUACUUUCUGCAAGGAAACUGCAAAUUUGGCGCGAAUUGCCGGAAUGAGCAUCCCGGAGGAGGAGGAGGAGGCUUUGCAAAUCAGAACAGAUUUGGCGCUCUUUCGGGGAAUAGAUUUGGAGGUAGUAGCGGUGGCAGUGCUCGGAGAGAUGCGUGGCAAUUCAACCCCGAUGAGAUCCCAAACGACCUUGCAGCCGGGAAGGGCCGACCAAAGUGGAUUCUUUCCGCGUAUGGUCCGGGUAGAAAUUCUCCAGCCUCGCUCCUGGUUGACAAUGAAUUUAGCUCCGAAGAAGUGCGUGUGAGGUUCUACGAGCUUGCGAGCCAAGGCAAGGAAAAUGAAGGCGACCAGGAAGCCAUCGCCCUGUGGAAUAAAGCCGAACAAAGUAUGAACCAGAUCCUCAGCAAUGCGCGCGAUGUCGAGAAGUUCGUGCUGGACGCGGAGAAGAAACGCCCCAACAGAGACGACUUUACACAUAUGGAUGGGACUAAAUCACGGGACCAAUUUGUCAAAGACUUUGAGUCGCAGUCGAGUGGAUCGAAUGGAUUUGGCACAGGUACCAGUAAUGGUUUUGGCCAGAGCUCGUCAACAAGUCCGUUCGCGAAGCCCGCUGCAUCGUCGUUCGGCCAGCCUGCCCAGGCCUCCGGUUUCGGGACUUCUCCUUUCGGGAAACCAGCAUUUGGGCAGAGCGGCUUUGGGGCUGGAAGCUCAACAAACAGUCCAUUCGGACAGCCAGCAAAUGGCAGCGGGUUUGGGUCUUCAUCAAGCCCCUUUGGAAAACCGGCCUUUGGGAGCCCUGGUGGUGCUGGCUUCGGACAGUCGGCUUUUGGUCAAACUUCGCAACCAGCAUCUACCUUUGGACAGCCGUCACAGCCAACAUCGGCAUUUGGCCAAUCUCCCCAAACAAGCUCUACGUUCGGCCAGCCAUCUCAGCCGUCUUCCGCAUUUGGACAGCCAGCGUUUGGGUCUUCUGGCUUUGGGUCGACGUCUCAGAAGAAUCCCUUUGCGCCAGCCUCGCCAUCAAGUGGUUUCGGUCAGGCUUCCUCCCCUUUCGGUCAACCCUCUCAAUCCGGCUCCACAUUCGGACAGACCUCACAGCCUACCUCGACCUUCGGACAAUCCAGCCAGCCCUCUUCGACUUUUGGACAACCCAGUCAACCUUCUUCAACUUUUGGCCAGCCAGGUCAGCCUUCUUCAAGCUUUGGGCAACCAUCGCAGCCUACAUCUACCUUUGGUCAACCAUCAGCAUUCGGUAAACCGGCAUUCGGGCAACCAGCUUCAUCAUUCGGCCAGUCUCCGCAGGCUACAUCUGGCUUCGGGCAAGCACCUGCGUCCACUACCUCGCCGUUCGGCCAAGCUGCAUCUACUUCGGCUGGAUUUGGUCAGACAGCUGCUCCCGUGUUCGGCCAGGCUGGUCCGGGGUCCAGCUCGACACCAGCAUUCGGCCAAACUACAGCUCCUGCGAAUCCUUUCGCUCCUACAUCUGCAGAAGUCCAACCCAAAGAUGAGAACAUGGACACAACUACCCCAGCAGCCUCACGUCCGGCGUCUCGAGCCAACCCCUUCGAAACGCCUUCAACAAUACCUACAGCGCCUCAGCCACCCCAAGCAACCCCGGCUACAUUCCAACCUCCCGCGGUCGCCAAACCCAUCAUCAACACUUCGACAACCCCUCAUCCGCUCAUCGACCGGCCUCCCCACGCCGUGCACUAUACUCAGACCCUCCCGCUUCAGCCCCCGCAAAAGGACGCGUCUGGCCGGAUUAUCUCCUACCGCGGCCAACGCGUCGAAUACAUCAAUGCCAUACCCUGCUAUCGACGUCCUGAUGGCCAAGGCAUGGAAAAGAUCUGGUUUCCGGACGCCGGUGCCACGCCCGAUGUCGUGGCAUUGAACAGGGAGGACAAGAUCGAGGACUGUGAAGGAGGAAAGGAGGAGUAUACCGCCGAUGUUGUGGAUCGCUAUAGGUAUUUAUUUUCACAGGGGAAGUUCUUGGAUGGCAAGAUUCCGUUGGUGCCGCCUUUGAGGGAAUGGGCGAUUUACGACUUCUGA